AUGAGGCUAGCCAAACAUCUAGGUCUGGAUGCGGCCAAUGGUCAGCCCAUAUGUUUAAUUCCGCCAAACGAAGCGAGAAUUGAUGUAUUGUUUAAGUAUUGUUUGAUUCAAUUGUUCACUCAAUUGAAUAACAGCGCCGCAAAUAAUAUACUGUUUCUGUUCACAAACUCCCGGAGCACUCACUAUAUGCCCGGGGAUUCCGGACCCGCUUUACUGAACAUAUUAUCCAAAAUGAAGACAAACCCACCAAAUGUGGACGUCCCUUAUAACAUGAAUACAGUCUAUUGUUUCGAUUCCGAGUCCUUUCGAUAUCUCGUGGCUUCGGUUCCGCCAAAUAAUAUUGAAUUUGACCCGAGAUUUAAGUCAAUUUAUAUGGAAAGUUGGGAUCGAUCUGUCACCGAAUGUCAGCGACUAUUCAAUUACAUUAAACAACUGCCGGCACACAAAGUGAUGGACACUUUAUCCCUCAAUAACGCCAAACGAAUCAUACAAUUAUUAACCAAACCGUUGGCCGACAUCACGAAGAAUAUCGCGGAUAACAUAAACCAAUGCCAAACAUAUAACACUCAAACCAAACAUGUGUUUGAAAGAGAGGGUAAACUACCAGUCGUUGAAUUAAAAUCCAUACCAUUAAGUCAGCCGAUGACAGUGUGCGGAGUUGACGGAUGCAAAACUACCGUGGUGAUUAAUGGAGUAUCGAGCGCAAAAUACUCCACGCCAUGUCAUUCACCAUGUUAUUUAAAUUUUAACGAUGGUAAUAUUGUGGGCAAUAGAGGUCUGCUCGGGUGUAAUGCAUUCAACAAACACGGCGGCAAAGAUCAUUACCGUGAUAAAUUUAAACACCCGCACUCAACAGCGGUCACCAAUAGCAUUUUGAAACAGGCUGACUCAGUGUUGGGCAAGUUUACC